CGCUCGUCGCCGUUGCUGCAGCGCAGCGGCAGCACGCAGCACCCGUCGUCGGCGAACUGCUCCUGCCCGUCCGCGCCCUUGCCCAGCGACGAGCAGUCGGGCUCGUUGGCGCUGCAGCUCGGGUCGGCUGCCACGGCGUCGUCGCCGGCCUUGUCGUCGCCAACGCUGCCGGCAUUGCCAGCAGCUUCGCCGGCAUUGCCGGUAGCUUCGCCAGUGUUGCCGGCGUCUCCGGUAGCUUUGCCGGUGUUGACAGGGCUCCUAAUAGUUUUUCCAGCGCUACCAGCUUUGCCCGCACCGGCGUUGUUGCCAACGUUACCUGGGUUGGGGUUGUUGCCAUUGUUACCCGGGUUGGGAUUGUUGUUGUUGUUGCCCGGGUCAUUCGGGUCCGGGUUCGGGUUCGGGUUCGGGUUCGGGUUGACGUUAUUACCCGGGUCAGCCGGGUUGACAUUGUUGCCCGCAUUACCCGGGUUGGCAUUGCCGUUGUUACCGCCAGCGAUGCCAGCAUUGUUAUUAUUGUUGCCCGUGUUAGCGUUGUUGUUGGUAGCUUUGCCAGUACCGGCGUUAUUGCCCGUAUUAGCAUUGUUGUUAUUGCCGGCAGGGGUGCGAGGACUGUUUCUGUUGCCCGUAUUACCCGUGUUGCCGUUGUUAUUGUUGCCCGUAUUGCCGUUGUUGUUGUUGCCGCCGGCGUUAUUACCAGUGCCAGCAUUGCCGCUUACACGUUCACAUCGUUCGCCACCGUCGCCGUUGCCGCAGCGCAAGGGGAGUAAACAGCAGCCAUCCGGGUCGGCGAAUUGCUCGAGGCCGUUGGCCCCCUUGCCAAGAGACACGCAGUCGGGGCCAUCAGGGAAGCCACAGCCGUUCUGCGCGAGAACUUGCGAGGCAAGGAGAGACAGGGCGAAAAAGGCCUUCAUGUUGCCGAGGGUUUCUGUUAUGAGGGAUGUAGAUGAGGGGACGGAGGCGAAGGACAAGUGAAAUCUGCGCAGCAGAUGAGUUCAAAGUAUCGCGGUGAGAAUAGAAGUAAAAGAGUCUUUGAACACGGAACGUCGACGUCUGGUUGAGCAAGAAGAGGAAAUUGUCAACAUAAGCUAGCGGGAUGGAGUAUUCUUAUACAUAGUUGAAUAUCCCGCCCGACGGCGGCGACGCGUAGGCGGUUGUCGGCGUGCCAGCCGCAAG